GACAACGAUGAUCGAACACAGAGAGACGUCUAGCAUCCUCAACUCGGAGAGGCCAGGUUUCACAAGCAUAGAGCAAAACUGCUCUCACCGACGCGUUGUAGAUCCGACCUUUUACGGCCAGACUAACAUCACGAAGGCGCCAAAGAUGGCCCAGAUUGGCAUAAGCCACUCUGGCUUUCAUUAUACGUGCAUCGAUCUCAUCACUCACGCCACCACCAGCACUUAUAUAGCUACCUAGAUACACUAACUUCUGUAGACUUGAAUCAAUGAAUGAAAUUAUGAACUCUAUUGACGAUAAUAUCCCUGGUAGACUUGAAUCACUGUACUGAGCUGCGUUUUAUACAUUACUUUCUGUCUUUCUCAUGAUCUUGACUUGUUCCUCUCCAUCUUUACCCUUGUUAAUACCAACCUUUUUACAAAUUUCGCUUCCUAUUAAUUUAUCACUGCGUUGUUUAUGUUUUGUACCGACUUUAACUAAUGCACUCAUCAGUGUGUUCAGUCCAACUUUAGACAUGCAUUACGGGGAACUCACCUAAUAGCUUCUAAUGUUUGGGAUGUAUAUGAACAAUUGUCUGCUUGUACUAAUUCUUUUCUGAUUUUAUAAUUUCAGUGCGCCCAACAGGUUCUGACUUAUUCAGGUUUACAUGGCUGCUAUUCAUCAAAUCUCGAGCAAGUUUUCCAGCAGUUACCGAUGAUUUAGUCAAUUCUUAUCAUUUACUAGCCUGCUGUUUGGACUGGACUCUUGGUGCAGUUAUGCUUUCCAGAAGACGUGAUUUGAUCAAUAUGGAGCAAAAUGGUUUGCCUAGAGAUUUUUUAACUUCAGUUGCUCAAAACAAAACUUGGUGUCCACCUCAUGAUGAGCCAACUUGUAUGCUACGCCCAAUAUGUGAAGAUAAUGAUGUUAAUUACGUUGAAUGUAAGACUGUGAAAGAACACUUUUUCCGACCAUUUAUGCUAAGGUUGAUUGAAAAGGUUAGUAUUGUGUAUCUCAAAAGUUAUGCUUCAGAGAAUCAAUCUUGAGUACAGUUAUGUAUUUACGCGAUUGCAAAUGUAUUUAGCUCACUCUGGACUUGCAGCGUCAUAUAUUAUUUUAAAGAUAUAAGCAUUUUCAGUUAUUAGUACAUCAUAUGACUUGAUGUGUAAAAAUAAAAGUCGCUUAAUUGUAUUGAAUAAUAUAAAUACUUUUGUGUUAUGUAUUAUAUUGCUUAAAGAUUUUGGACUUAUGUAGUGUACUAAGUAUAUCGGGUACAUCGGGUAUAGAUUUCGAAAUUUAUAACCAAUGAAAUUAAAGACUAAAAACCGUACAGUAAAAACCAGUUACUGAUGCAUAGUCCAAUUAUAAUAGAAAAAUCUCAAUGCCAGUAUUCCAAACAACUGGGCUUCUGUUUUAUUUGUUUAGAGUCUCGCUUAUUACGUAUGUAUUCAAACAAAUCUUCCCCACUACUUACAAGUGAGUGUGUUAGUAGUAUAUCUUAUUAGUUUAUCAUACUCGUGAUAGAGAUUAUGACAUUUGUAUACCAUGUCUGGAUUUUUUCAAUGGAGACUGUAGGUUGCUUCAAAAGUUGCUCAACUGAUAGAAAUGUCAGUUUGAAUUGCGUGAAUGAUGCAUAUUUGUAAAUUGUUGGACUCAAUAGUUUGUCUGAUAAUUAUCAUUUCUAUGAAACAGUUUGUACAAGUCCUAUAUCCUGAGCGCGAAUCGUUUACUUGUUUCGUUUUUUUAAAGAUUCAAGUGGCCUCUCACUUGAGUGAAAAUGUCUAAUCUGCAAUUUCAUUUGUGUAACAUUUUCAGUGCCCACUGUUUAGUCCUAGAAAUAUGUUUUCAAAAUGUGUUGUGCAAUAAAUACAGGCGUUUGCAAUAUUUUUUUUAAGGAUUUGAUCAAACUUCACCCUUCAGUUCUUGGGAGUUUAUUAGAACAGGAAAAUUUCGAAAUAACAAUUCAAAAUUUGAACAAUAAUUAUGAGGAAUACAUUAUCGGUACAGGAGACUUUGAUGAACGUAUUUAUCUGAGCCCGAAUGCAUCAGAAGAAAUUGGAUCAAUUGGAGAAAGUACUGUUCAGUCUGAUUUCCAUCUACCUGUCGGUCUAACACCAUCUGCACGCCGUUAUAUGCUCGAAGUUAGUAACUCUGGUUUUGGAGGUUUCACUGAGACCACGCGGCGUGGUAAUGCGAAUGCUGGUGCUAUCAGUCGUCUUAAUGGAGGUGUUAAUUUUAGCAAUCCUGAAGCUCGAAGCCAAAAUCUCAAUCAAUUACAAAUUUUGUUAAAUGGUCGAAACAAUGAGCCAUGUGAAUCUUUAGUCCAUCUUAUCAAUGCACAUUGUUCUGUAUCACCACUCUCUACAAUUCGUGAAAGAUUGGAUAAUUUAGGUGAACAAUUUCAACGAGCUUAUGCUGGGUUAAAAUCAGUCAAUAGUAGUGGAGUAACAAUAACAUCAACAACAAAUAAUUUAGCAAUUUCGGCUGCACAACAACGAUUACAAUUAUGUUAUCCACUAUAUUAUAUGGCUUUAGAAAAUAUUCUCUUAGAUGAAAUUCGUAGAAUUGAAAAAAGACUAACUACUACUACUAAUUCACUCUCCAGUUCAAAUAAUUCAAAUCAAAUACGUUGUAGUCGUCCUGAUCUUACCACACUAUUAACCCAAGAUACAUUCCAUCGGGCUUUAUUCAUUUGUUGCAUGGAAAUAGUUAUGUUGAGUUGUGAUCCACCAAACCAUCAUUUUCCAUGGAUAUUAGAAGCGUUAAAUCUUGAUUCAGUUCAAUUCUAUAAAGUCAUCGAAGUUUUAGUUCGUAGUCUAGAUUUACCGCGUGAAAUUGUUAAAUAUCUGAAUCAAGUUGUUGAAUUUAUUCUAGAUUCAUAUGCAUGGCGUACGAACUCUUCAAUAUGGUCAGUACUGAAAGCAACCGGACGAGCUCCAUCUAUUGAAGAAGUUAUACCUCCUGAAAAACUUGAUCAAGGUUCUAAUGGUUUUUACACAAGAAAUGCCACUACUAUAUCUCCUGGUCAAAAAUUAUUAACUUCUAAUGUAAUAUCUACCAAAAAUAUAAAACUCUCACCAAGUUCUUAUGCUAAACAACCUCGUCUUACAAGUAGUAACAAUAAUAAUAGUAGUAAUAGUAUUACAUCUAAAGUAUCAGUUAGUCGGCAACAAAAUAUUGAAUUUUCAACAAAUCAACCUGGUAUCUAUCGUCUACUUUCAUCGGGAGUUGAAGAUGAAUCUGCUCAAGCAGCAGCUCAACUACUCGCAAGUGGAGCUACUGAUUCAGUUAAUAUGGAUUCUGGUCUUCUCGGAACACCAGACGAUGUUGGCAUCAAUCAGGAUAAUGUGAAUAUUGAUGUGAAACCGAUAACAGAGCAAUUAGUUGAUGAUUAUAUUGUAAACACUGCAGUUACUGUGACUAGCGCUACUAACACAGUUAACAGUAGUAGUAAUAGUACUGUUGUUACGUCUGGUUCAGGCGAUACAAUUAAUUAUUUUCCUGUUCGACAUGAUUCAAUUGCCAUAUUUUUUCGACAAACUUAUCAAGUGGCCAGUUUGCGUUUAAGAGAUUUAUGCGAACGUUUAAGUCUUACUCGUGAACUUAUGGCAAAAAUUUGGACAUGUAUAGAACAAGUAAUUGUACAUGAAACUGAAUUGCUUAGAGAUCGCUGUUUAGAUCAAGUUAUAAUGUGUUGCAUUUAUGGUAUAUGCAAGCUUGUUCUCUAUCGUCCACUUACAUUUGUUGAUAUAGUUCAAGUAUAUAGAAUGCAACCUCAAUCUUAUCGAGAUAUAUAUCGUCGUGUACUCAUCAACCGAGUUUCUUAUGGUCGUGGCAAUACGGAAGAACGCGGCGAUUUGUCUCGAUUUUACAAUGUUAUUUUUUUACCACAAAUGAAAGACUUCAUUAAAAAGGCAGCAUCUGUACGUUCUACAUAUAAUGAGACAGAUCCUAAUUGUCGAACAGGACAUCAUUCAUUAGGCUCUGAUUCAACUGAUGAUAACACUGUAUUGAAUCAAUGGACACUUCAUCCAUCACUAUCCCCAAUGCCUAUGCUUGUAAAUAAUUUAGCUUCAAAUACUGCUGCGGCCCUGAAUUUAGGUCUUGAUCCAGCAACUACAUCGGGAGAUAUAAUGCAAGCUAGGCGUCUAGCCAGUAAUCGUAAUAUAUUCAUCAGUCCAGUUAAACAACAAGUAAAUCUAUCUCCGAAAAAAGUUAUUUUUACAGUUGGUCGAAGUACUGGUAAAGAUUUACAAGAUGUUAAUCUAAUGAUAAGCUCUGCUGAACGUCGUGCAUCAAUGGCCAAUUUAACAAUGGGUUUAAAACGUCCAGCAGGUAGUGGCAGUACAACCACCACAUAUGUAGCUAAUUCAUCUCCAUUCACAGUCACUUCUGGAACAAGUUCAUCACGUACAGUCACAUUAGUCGGUCCAGGUGGAUUCACUACAAAACGAAUAGAUUUUGAUAUGUGAACAUUAAUUCAAUCGACAUUGUAUUAUUAUUGUCAGUAUCACGGCUAUUUUAUUAUACUUGCAUUUUUUUUCUUUUUUUGAAAGUAAAAAAAAUAAAAAUUAAACAUUCACUAAUUCAUUGUUUCGUUUAAAUUAUCUCCCUGUGAACAAAAAAUAUCUCUAUAUAAAUGAUAACAAGAAUUUUGGGAAAAGAAAGAAACCCAUUUACUUUCUUUUUGCUGGAAAUUUUUUUCUCAUAUUAAAGAAUAAUUCUUGUACAUAAUGGAAAUAAUAAUAUUUAACUCUAGUGUAUUAUUAUAGCAUUCCUUGUAUGUAUAAUGUUUAUAUAUUGAUCGGUUAUUAUUAAUGUUAUGUUUCUUUUUU